GCUUUGCGGCAUGUGGGAUCUUCCCGGACCAGGGCUCGAACCUGUGUCCCCUGCGUUGGCAGGUGGAUUCUUAACCACUGUGCCACCGGGGAAGCCCUCAAGUGCUAUUUAAAUGUUAGGUAUUAAUAGUAAUCUGGAUACCUGAUAGUUAUAUCCUAUUCCUGGAUGGAGGGGUGGAUAAUGAAUGUUAUUUAUUUAGUGGGUGUUCUGGACCAAGAAUUCUGUUAGACAUUGCAUAUCAUGUAUAAACGACCCUGAGAUACUUGAGGCACGAGAAAUAUUAUUUCUUUGGCUUAAUCAAAUCAAAUCCAGCUUCAAGCUCUUGUUUUCCAAGGUCCGUACAAAUUCCAAUGUCAUUCACUUGCGGUACCCCCCUCCACUCCUUGGGAUCCUAUGAGAAGGCCAGGGGUUACGAAGUCUGCAUGAUGGGAAGUGUCGGUGGUCUUCAGUCCACUAUGGCUACAGCCCCCAGAACAGCUUGCAUGGUCCAUAAGGAGACAGGGGGCUCCUUUGGGGACAUUCUUGUGCUCUGGCAAAGGUGGCCCAGGAGACCACAGCCGUGGCACUCAAGCACACAGAGUUUAGCGCUUAGCUGCCCUCAUCUGAGAUCUUUGCCACCACCGUUCAGCUAUGUCCCAGCCAACCCUGGUCUUCCUCCUUCCUGGGUCCCCAUAACCCUCGUACCCUCACAGUCUUGGGAAUCCAACCUUCCACCCUUGAAUCGCCACUCCCCUCUUUAACUAAAAGCAGCAGCCUUCACCCCCAUCCCUUGGAGACAAUCCAGCUUGAUUGUCUCAAUCAGACAGCCAGGGGUCUCAAAGUCAAGGGGCUGGGGAGAGGAUGUAAGUGAGGGAAACAAGGAGAGUGACCACUCUGAAGCCCUAGGGGAGCUGUGCCCUGUCUCAAGCGGUAGCUGCUCCCCAGCCCCUGUCACUGUCAUAUGUAAGAAGAACGCACGCCCAGUGUCGACAGACUUUCAGGAGAUGCCAGAAAUCCGAACUUUGAUGCAAAAUCUCCUGAUUUGUGAAUGUUGGCAGCUAGUUCAUUUUUUAAAUUUUUUCCAAGACACUCUACAAGCCCAAACAAGACACGUCUGCAAGCCAGAUGUGGACCAAAGCCUGAGAGUUUGUUCCAGCUGCCCAGACUUUUGAAAAUAAAGUUUAUUUGGGGUUGUCUCCCGGGGCUACUGGCAGAGUCUAACUUCUCCAUUUUUUCUCUGAAACAUAAAAACUUAACUCCCUCUGCAAAGCAGGAGGACCUAGGGCUCGGAAGACAAAGGUUUGGCUGCCCUUCUAAUGAGGGGGCAGGGAGGAAAUCACAGUUAUCACAGUUUUAAGUCUUUUGUGUAGUCCAUGGCGGGAAGGUGGGCAGAAGAAGGGAGGGGAGAAGGAAGAAAGAAGGAAAGAAGAAAUAGGACAUAGCAUUAUUUUUUAGUAACCCACCCUGCGUUAACUCAUUUAUUUUCAUGCCAGGUGGAGCUCGGUAGAUGGAAGGAUGGCUUGGGACAAGACUUCUUGCCAGGCUAAAUCAUUUCCUUGCUAGUUUUGGGAGAUGCUGCACUGCCCAACACAGUGGCCGGGUGGGCAAACGUGCGCUGUAACACCUGCCCACUUCCUGCCCGCUCUGAGCUUGAAGGAGACUCAGAUUCAGACCUGGACCUGGUCUGGGCAGGGGAACAAGUGAGAGGCAGGAGGAAAAUGAGGGUUUCAGAGAUGUUGGGUGGCCCCAGCAGACGUACAAGGGCCCACGCCAGAGCCAUGGAAGGGCCAGUCCAUGAGCACCAGGGCAUGGGGUGCCUUGACCUAAAGAAAUUCUAACUCCUGGGCUGCAACCUGCUGGUUUUUUAGAUUUGUCCUCUCUACCCUACCUAUUUCCAAAGGAAUCUGAGGCAAUUAAGAUAUAUGUUUAGUAGAACAUGAAGCAAACGCACCCGAAAAGGAGCAAAGGAGAGAGGUCUCUCUCACUUGAGAUGAGCUGAUUUUUGAGACGGGGCCCCAGUUUGGCUGUAAGUUUCCUGACCGCCAAGGCAAAAGGGGAACCUCUGAGGCGUGUGGUUUGUACUGUCUGACAACAAGAGACUGCACCCUCGCCUGUAAAAACAGCCUCUUGGUUGGAGCUUAUCAUAAAGGGGAAUUGAUGGUACAGGGAGUGUCUCCCGUACUUCCUGUGUUGGUCCAGAUCCUCUAAGAAGCAGACAGCAAGACAGGAUUAGACAUGCAAGGCUUCAUGUGGGGAAACACCUGUGGGACAGAAAAUGGAGACGGAGGGAGCUGGUGAGGGCUGGGAGAGCGAGCUCCCAGAAGGUGAUGAAAAUCCAACUCUGAGAGAAGGAGGAAGGGAGGAAGGGUUGGGUGGAAAUGUGCUAGACUGACGGGUCUUGGGUUGGGCAAUCCCUGAGCCGCAGAGUCAGCCGCCUACAAAGCUUCCCGAGCUGGCUUUAGAAUUCCUGCUGCUGCCCCCUGUUGGCUGGGAAGUGUGGCCUCGGCAGGAGGUGAUGGGUUUCACAGCCCAACAGCACAAAGCUCCCUGGUUCCUUACACUCGUUGUAGCGGGAGAUCAGUGAGGUGCGUUUUCACGGCUACCGUGCUUUCCAAGUGUCAGUUACUGAUUCGCGUACCCACCUCCGCAGCUCUGCAGUGUCAAUGCUCUGCUGUUAAAGAAAAUAAUUAUUUUGACACUUGUUAAAUCCUAAAGAAUUUAUUCAAGAUUAUUGCAGUGGAGGAGAGAGAUGGGCCUCUGCUCUGAAUAAGGCAAAGACAGCUGGGGAUUUACAGCCAACAAACAGAGGGAGGGGUCAGUAGAUGGAAAAUUCCUAAGAGGGGACCUCAGGGGUGGGAGAUGCUUACUAAAGCGACCUAGCAGGAUUCUUGCCGGACACAGGUCAAGAACUUACACAUCAAAGGUGGGGAAUAGAGAGCUUGGUCAGAUAUCAGGGAGAGGGACUUCUAUCGACUGACAGCAGGAUCCUUGCUAAAACUGGGCUUGGAGACCAAAGACAGGACAGGGGCUACGCUGAGGGCCUAGUGGAGAGCAGGGCUCCGAGGAUCCCGAGUGAAGUUUGGUCAGGGAGAGAGUUCUUGUCACCUCCUGGUAUCUAUCUGAUAUGUUUCUUUAAAUUGACUUUAAAUUUUAGCUUCAUACUAGUUGAGGAACUAGUUAUAUAUAUUUUUUCUAUACAUUAAAAUAAGUGCAUAAUUACUCAAAUUUUAGAAUCAUCUGUGUACCAUCUAAAAUUGUCUCGCAUGUCACUGGCAAUAUACGUACCACACUCUGGGGAAUGUGGAUUUUACAAAAAACAGAGAAAUGCCGAUUGAAAGGCUGUAUUGCAGUCCUGGCCGGGAUGCAGGCUGCCAGCUCUAAGUUGAUUACUUCCGGGCACCUCUUGAGGCUCAGAGAAGACGCUAAGGACAUUCUCAGGGAGAGUGGAGGUGGGAGCGAGGGUAAGGCCAGGGGCUCCUGGCCUCAAAGCUUCCCCACCCUGCUGCCCAGAUGUGGACCUGGACCUCCAGCGGAGCGUGCGCGCUGUGCUCCGAGAGCUCAGUGCCCAGGCCCCUGCCCUGCCGAGCAACCAAGGUAAGAGCCGGCAGGCACCGUCCGUUCUCUCUGCUUCCCCCACCCCAGCCCAGCCAACUCCACCCACGUGUUCUCGGGAAGAAAGCGCCCCAGCCUGGAGCUCACAGAAUGAGGGGCUUCCAGCCAAGCCCCCGUCCUCCUGGAAAUCCUUGGAGCCUGAAGGACCCAGAAGGCAUGUGGAGAUGGUCCCUGCACAAGAAGGUCGAGCGGGAUCCUGGUAAGAGUCCGGCACUGGUCCGCAUACUGCUCAGAGAACUGGAGAAGGCAGAAAGUGAGGACGCCCGGCAUGUCAUCAUUCCCUUGCUGCACACUCUAAUGUACGUGCUCACUAAGGCCACGGGCAUCACAGAGGAGCUCCACCGGAGAACCUAUGCCUUUUGCACGAAGUUGCUGACCCUGCCCGCCCCCUACUGCACCAUCGCCCUGGACUGCGCCAUAAGGCUGAAAACGGAGACGGCCGUCCCAGGGACGCUGUACCAGAGGCUGGUCAUUGCCGAGCAGAACCUGACGAAUGAGCUGUACCCCUACCGGGAGAGAGUGUUCCUCUUCGUGGAUCCUGAGCUGGUGUCUCCCUCCGUGUGCAGUGCCCUGCUGCUGGAGAUUGAGGCGGCCCAGGGGCAGCAGACACCAGAGGCCUGCAUGCGCCACGUGGUCUCCCACGCCCUGCAGGCGGCGCUGGGGGAGGCCUGCGAGGCAGGUGUGCUGCAGAGGAAGCUUCAGACCAGCUCCCGCCGCGCCCUGGAGCACUAUUUCCACGCCGUGGUGGCAGCCGUGGAGCAGAUGGCCAGCGGGCCCAGCCCAAGCCGGGAGGGCCACCUGGAGAGGCUGAAGGAGAUUUACUGCUCGCUGCUGGGGCCGGCGGCGGCCGCCAGGGGGCGCUGCGGCGCCUGUCCUUCAGGUGAGCCCCCCCAGGACCGGCUUCCAAGCAUCCCUCUGCCCAGCCCCCAUAUCACCUUCCACCUGUGGACCAAUGAGGAACAGCUCUGGAAGGAACUGGUUCUCUUCCUGUGCCCGCGAUCCCAGCUGCGCCUCAGUGCAGACUUGGAAGCCUUGGAUCUGCAGGGCCUCCUGCCAGACCGGGAGUUGGCCCGGGCGUCCAUGCUGUCCACCGACAGCGGCAUCGAGCGGGACCUUCCUUGGGGGGCCGACGAGCCGCCCACACCUGGCAGCCCCGAGGUGGAGCAAGCCAGGCUGAAGCGCAAAGGGGGCAUCAAGAAGCGGGUGUGGCCCCCGGACAUCCUGAUGCCCGGCAGCUGGGAUGGGCCGCCGGGGCUGCACCAGAGGACUGGCAGGCCCAGCGGGGAUAGGGGGCUGCUGCCUGGGGUCUCCCGGCUGCACACGGCCCGGGUGCUGGUGCUAGGGGACGACCGGAUGCUGGGGCGCCUGGCCCGGGCCUACCACAGCCUCAGGAAACGAGAGACCCAGAAGUUCUGCCUCACCCCCAGACUCAGCCUGCAGCUCUACUACAUCCCUGUGCUGGCAUCUGAGAAGCCCACAGCAUCCAGGCGUUCGGAGCUCGGAGAGUUGGCUGCGUUCCUGGGCCGUGCAGACCCGUGGUACGAGAGCAUCGUCAACACCCUGUGCCCCGCCAUCCACAAGCUGGCAGAGAUGCCUCUCUCCCUGGACACGUCCCAGACCGUAGACCCCUUCAUCCUGGAUGCCAUCACCUACUAUGUUCGCAUGGGCACCCAACCCAUCUAUUUCCAGAUCUACGCAGUCAAGAUCUUCCUCAGUGACCUGAGUCAGGACCCUGCAGAGGACAUCUUCCUCACCGAGCUCAAAGUCAAGAUCCAGGACUCCAAGUUCCCCAGAGAGAGCCUUUCACCCCGGAGGAGGGGCGUGGCUGAGGGCCCAGGGGCUGAGCUCUCCGUUCGCUACCAGAAGGCCCUGCUCAGCCACCGCACCCGAGAGGUCACCGUCUCCCUGCGGGCCACCGGGCUGGUCCUAAAGGCACUUCCAGCCGGUGACACUGAAGUUUCAGGGUCCACCCACUGCCCCCCAACUGCUGCUCCGGAGACAGACCACACAUGCCUGAAUAUUAGCGUGACAGAGGUUGUCAAGACCUCCAACUUGACAGGAAGGUCCUUCUCUACGGUGACAAACACCUUCCGGUCGGCUAACGUCCAGAUCCAAAGCCAGGACCAGAGGCUGCUGACACUGUUGCUGGACAAGGACAGUUGCCGCGCGUACAGGGAUGUGGCCAGGUUCGAGGUUGCUCCCUGCCCAGAGCCGUGUUCUGGGGCCCAGAAAUCCAAGGUGCUGGGACUCAGCUCACACCAGGAGGAGAUAGAAAGGACCAAAGCCAAGGCCAAGCCCCUUCGAAUGCCCAUCAACACGUUCUCUGGCAUUGUCCAGUGAGCCCAAAGGGGCUGCAGAAUCGCUGAGUCUGAGAGCGGAGGGCCCGAGAGGAAGGAUACACUACCCCACCCGCCCCAAACACUCACAGCAACGACUAGAACAAGGCUCCCUGGGGCGGCUUCCAGCCACAUCUGAAAGCCAGCAAGUCCCAGGAGCACAGGGAGCUGGCCGUGGCGGGUGCGGUGGGGCAGGGCCCACACGAAGGGCCGAGGAGGCCCUGGCCAAGCUGUGCACACAAAGCCCAGCUCCUUGCUCCUGUGUCCACUCCUUCGUUGAUUUCCAAUCCCUGCCUCUCCCACUCAAGCUCCCCACCCGGCCCUUAAAACCAAGGUGAGAGCUGCUGUCCCGUGGCCUGGGGCCCCGUGGCCUGGGGCAAACAGGACGUGGGCAGCGGCAGCCCCUCCAGCCCAGUCUGUUCCCUUCCCUCUAGCGGGCCACUGCCCACCUCGCCCACUCCCAGGCGGGCGUCCCUCCCGGUUGAGAGGAAAUGUCAGAUUCGAUAAAUGCACACUAAAGUCUUUCUGCUCUCAUCUGUAUCGAGCAAUACUUGUGUUUUAGUAGAGAGCAGAGGUACUACGUAGUCUAACCUAAUGACUCUGCUUAGGCCCAGGUAAGAGCUUGGUGAAACAUUCACCGGUGUGUCCUGUCCACCUGCCCGGCCCCCUCCUCGUUCACGUUCACUGAGGGCCUCCUGAUCAGAGAUGUCCCCAGAACCGAGGUGGGAAUGCAGGCUCAUUUCAGAGGAGCCAGAGAUUAAAGACAUCAAAAUUCUUGGCUUUUGAGUUCAGAUGUUAAGUCCAGAUGUUAUCCAGAUGUUAAGUCCGUACCUAUCACCUGGGCAAUCCCAGGGGAUGGUGGCAGUGGGAUAGAAGAGUCCCUUCCAAGUUUGGGACCCAAGAGUGGAGAGGUAGGCACUUCACUUUUGGCCUUAUUGCCCUGGGAGUGGGGGCAGGUCUCAGAGCACGUUCUCAGAGCCUAGGGGCAUGGUGUAAGAGGGGCUGCCUGCGGGCCUAGGCAGAUGGGCCCAAGAGCAAGCUUAAAGAGAGCGCCUCUGUGGGCACAGGAAGCAGGUACUGUUUUCCCCAGGUAGUUGAAAGCAAACAAGCCCAAGGUAAGAGGUGCAGCCGUGAGUGGCUACAGGGACCACAGAACCUAAAGCCUGGAUGUGGACCGCAGGCACCUUGAUGGACACUAUGUGGCGAAAUCCCUGCCCCUCAGUGGCGAUCCACCCUGGACAGGUGAAGACCGAGAAGUUGAUGGAUGUGCGGUCCUCCACCAAAGCUGCCCCUGCAGAGCCCGGGGAGGAGAGGGACUAGGGACAGCCCUGAAUGUAACGGAGAUGGUUUUAAACAGGAAGUGACUGAUAUCACUGAAUUUGAGUGAGUUUAUCUGAACAUGGCUAGACUUUCUUUUUCUGUCAUUGGGGUUAUGUAAAUUGAUUCAUAUCAAUUUGGGCAACAAGUACUAGGUUCGUGAAAUAAACAGCUGCAGGGGUUACCAGCUGUUAGAGUUAGGUGAGGGCUCUGGGCCUUCUCCCCCAACAAUUUCUCCACCAGCUUACAAAGAAAGUACGUCAUAGACCAAAUUCUGCUGCCCACUCAGAUAUGCAUCCCCACCCCCAGUCAAAUUAGGUGCUCCGAACAAACCUUACUUGAAACAUACACGCAAGGACACUGGGUGGCUGGACACUGUAAAGUGUCCAUCUCAAAGUAAAGUCUUCCCUUCCAAAAGGUCUGGACUGCUGGAAUCUCCGGAUUCUUAAUCCUGUUCACCAAGGGAGGAGAUGCCUCCAAAAAUUAUAAACAAUCCAUGUGACUUGGACACCACGAUUUUCACCAGCGAAAUUUUGCCAAUAUCUCUCAGGAUAAUUAAUGAAUCCACUUCCGUUGAUCUGAGAUCAUUAACGUGCUUAUAUUCACUGCCUCUGGAGUGACUUUUGGAUGAAGUGUUAGCUAACCACCUCUGGCGUGUGUAUUCCCCACAUGGACAACUAAGCACCCUCAGGUAUCGAUUAAAGCGAUCCAGUACAUGCAUAACGUUGGCCGGGGAUGGGGCUGAGGGUGGGUGCUGCACGGGGCUGCCUGGAGGAGCUGCUGCCUCAAGGCCACCCUCAGCUGUCAGUCCCUCUCAGGGGAUUGUCUCCACUGAAGAAAACUGUGUCACCUAAGGUCGUGCCUCUUCCAGAGGCAGCUCACAUCCAAUCAAACAGUUCUAGGCCCUGGGGACAAAAAUAGCACUUUGAUUCCAAUGGAGACAGACAAUCAACAAGAUAGACCCGUGAAACAGAAACCGGUAGUGUGUCUGACAGCGAUGCGUACCACGGAGGAAAACAAGCAGGGAAGGGGAGACUGUGAGUCUGGGGAGGGGGCGGGGUUUGU